AUGUCCUUUUGGCCCAAUGGCAAAAGGCUACGGGUCAGGUUCCUUUGGGAUACCGCAUAUAUAAAGGAGAAGAUCCGGCAAUAUACCCAGGUGUGGGAAAAGUACGCUAAUAUCGACUUUCGCUUUGUUGAAACGGGCCCUGCAGAGAUUCGGAUUGCUUUCAAAGAUGAUGGCUCAGGGAGUUACGUGGGAACGGAGAAUACGCGUAUUCCUGCCGAAGAGCCAACAAUGAAUUUUGGGUCGUUUGACCGAAAUACCAGGGAAGAAGAGUUUUCGCGUACAACAAUUCACGAAUUUGGUCAUGCGCUUGGGUGUAUUCAUGAGCAUCAAAGCCCGGCUGCAGAGAUUAAAUGGGAUGAGGGUAGGCUUUUAGAAUACUUCAAGCCCUGGAGCAAGGAAACCAUCGAACACAAUAUCAUUUCAAAGUAUGCACAGGGAGCCGUCGUUAACACCGCUUUUGACAUGAGGCCUAUCAUGCUUUAUUUCUUCCCGGCAUCCAUCACCACGAACAACCUGAGCACACCGUUGAACUCUGUCCUAUCAGAUCAAGAUAAGACGUUUAUCAAUAGUAUCUACCCCUUUCAGAACCGUGCUAAAGGGUCCUUUUAUUCCUUUUCGACCCUUGAAAACAGACCAUGGUAUCCCCCAAUGUUUCUUAACCCAAGCAGAUCAAAUAUGACCCAACCUACUUACAAACCCCGAAGAUAG